AUGGGGGAGUUCACCAUCCCUAGCGACUGGGCCUGGAAUUACAGCACCUCAGACAACAUCUCUGCCUAUGACGACGACUACCUGUGCUCCGAGACGGAGGACGGCACCAGACACCCCCUGAAGAAGCUCUUCCUUCCCUUGAUCUACCUGGUGAUCUUCACACUCGGGGGACUGGGCAACAUCCUGGUGCUGGUGAUUCUGCGGCGCUAUCGCCACAGCCACACCUCCACGGAGCAGUUCCUCUUCCACCUGGCCUUGGCCAACGUGCUGCUGGUGCUCACCUUCCCCUUUGGGGUGGUGCAGUGCCUGGCAGGCUGGGUGUUUGAGACAGCCUUCUGCAAGGUGAUCAGCGCUAUCAACAGGAUCAGCUUCUACAGCAGCAGCCUGCUGCUGGGCUGCGUCAGCGUGGACCGCUACUUGGCUGUGGUGCAUGCAGUGAGGACCUUCCAGAAACGGCGGGGCCUGUCUGUCCACCUGACGUGCCUGGGGAUCUGGCUCCUCUCCCUCCUGUUGACGCUGCCGGACCUGCUCUUCACAGAGGUCUGGCAGGACAGCAGCAACAGCAGCAUCUGCCACUUCCAGAAGGACGGGAUCCACGGCAGCAACGCGUGGCUGGCGACUCGCUUCCUCUAUCACAUCGUGGGCUUCUUCCUGCCCUCGGGGGUCAUGUGCUACUGCUACGCGGCAAUCGUGCGGGUCCUGUGCCAGUCCCAGCGCUGGCAGAGGCGGAAGGCCGUCAAAGUGGCCAUUUCGGUGACUGGGGUCUUCCUGCUCUGUUGGAGCCCAUACCACCUGGUGAUCUUCCUGGACACCCUCACCAAACUGGAGCCCGGGGGCUGCAGCCUGCCCUGGUUGGCCACAGCCACAGUCGUGAGUGAGAUGAUCGGCUACAGCCACUGCUGCCUCAACCCCCUCCUCUAUGCUUUUGUGGGCGUCAGGUUCCGCCGGGACGCCUACCGCCUGCUGCGUGACCUGCACUGCCUGAGUCCAGCUGCUCUGCAGGACCUCUGGGGGACGGAGAGCACCACUGAGACGGAGACCCCCCAGCCCCUGGUGUGGCAGCUCUCUGCACCUGGCUCUCUGCCUCUCCAGGCCACGGCUCCAGAGCCCCCUGCUGCCUUCUCCCCUCACCAUGACCCCCCCAGCCCCGGGCACUGCACCCCUCUGCACCCGGCUCUCUAA